AUGUCCUUUAUGAGUUGUCGAUUUGAAGUGGCACUCCGUGAUCAGCGGUUGGGUGCCCUUCUUGAUAUGUAUGCCACCUUCGAGAUGAUUUCGGUAAGAAGCCUGUGCCGAUAUAACACAACCAAAUCAAAGACCUGGAUACCUAUUAAGCUCAUUGACGGCGCAGCACGACUCCCCGUUUCGUUGUCACACACACGGCUGUUAAGUGAUUUGAACCUAAUGGUUAAUCUGAGAUCGGGUGGAACGCCUGAUUUAACGAAGGACUACGUGACGACGCGUAGAAGAAGUCCUCAAACACCGGAGGCACAACAAGAAGGACUGGACGCAGGUCUACCAACACCUGCAACCAACAGAAAGGUGAUUGCCCCAGGGGCUUUUGAACCCGACGAGACAAUCGAAGAAGAAUCGAACAAGUCGAAUAUCGAAUACGAAGACCCAAUUGACAACAAUGAGAUGUCGGAUAACGCGGGUGGCUCUAGUAGCCGUGAUGAUGUGAGUGAGGAAACUCGCAUGAGAUUGGAGAUCGCGAGACUCCAGCAUGAAGUCCAACAGAUGAAAGCAAGUAGAGGUGAACCCUCUGCUAGUGAUGAGAACAUUAAUGCAGAUUUAGCAAACUAUCUGCAGAGAAAAGGCAGAACGUCUGCUAUUGUGAAGAUUCUUAAUGAAUUCCGUGACCAAGUGAGAUUCAUAAGGGAGCCAGUUAUCCUCACUGGUUUUGUGAAUUAUUCAGUGUGGAGGGAAGAGAUCCUCCUCGCAGCGAGGCAAUCUCAUACAAUUGAUAUCAUAGAUGAGAGACAACUUGGACCCAAAGAGGAUGCCAGUGCUGAUAUGCAACGGUUUUGGAAAGAAUGCAAUAUGUGGCUGUAUAACUACAUGUGGUUUGCAAUCACUCCGCAAGCAAGAUCUUAUCUUGUUACACCCAAGGAACUAUCUGCCUAUGCUCUGUGGACAGCUAUAGAAGAUAUCUUUGCUGGGCGGCCUGCCAGCAAUUCCAACACUGCCAGCAAUGCCAACGACGCCAACGAUGAUGUUGGUGAUGAUAUCAGCGAUACCAGUGAUGAUAGCGGCUACGGCAGUGUGGGAUAUUGA